CGAUAGUUGCACGUUACAGAGUGAAAUGUUCGGAGGGAUGGAGUAUUCUGACAGAUGAGCACCUUGGUAUUUAAGAGCGGGUCGGCAUGCCGAAUGUCAUCAGUUAACUCGAGAUCACCGCAACGGGAACAUCUCCACAAGUGCAGUGUUCCACUUGGACGGUCACAGCUAAGGACCUUACAGUCCAUCAAUUUACCAAGCACAAUAUGCGAGCUUUUGUGGUAUUCGCCUGCGUGGCGUUGGCCUACGGCCGGCCCGAGCCCCCGGUCGGCUAUAGCUAUUCGGCCCCCGCCCGUGCACCGUCCGGCAGUUAUGGAGCUCCUUCCCUCGGAGGACACUCCAGCGGAGGGAUCUCUCUGGGAGGACACACCGGUGGAAUUUCUCUAGGUGGCCAUUCUGGGGGCCUGUCGUUUGGCGGCGGUCACUCUGGAGGUCUUUCGUUCAGCGGCGGCCACUCGUCAGGAGGACACUCACUCGGUGGCGGCAGCAUCGGCGGUGGCUCAUUCGGCGGUGACUCCGGUUUCGGUGGUGGCUACGCCGGCGGCUACUCCGGUGCUCCUUUGGUUCAAAAGCACAUCUACGUCCAUGUUCCUCCUCCAGAACCCGUCGAGCACCACGCUCCCAGGAUUUCUCCGUUGGCUCCUCCUCAGAAACACUACAAAAUCAUUUUCAUCAAAGCCCCGACUCCCCCUACCCCCACCGCUCCCAUUAUUCCCGUGCAGCCUCAGAACGAAGAGAAGACCCUGGUUUACGUAUUGGUUAAGAAACCCGAAGAACAACCCGACAUCGUCAUCCCCACCCCAGCCCCGACCCAGCCUUCCAAACCCGAGGUUUACUUCAUCAAAUAUCAAACCCAGAAGGAAUCUGGUGUCAUCGGUGGUGGUGCUAUCGGCGGCGGUGCUAUUGGCGGUGGUCUUGGCGGUGGUCUUGGCGGUAGCAGCAGCGGAGGUGACUUCGGAGGCAUCGCUCUCUCCGGUGGCGACGCCGGCAUCGGCGGCGGAAGCGCCCAUGGUGGGGCUGACAUCAGCGCUGACUUUGGCGCCACCGGUGGUGACGACAGUGGAUCCGACGGUGGUCACGGCAGUCACAGUGGUCAGGGUGGUGCUACCAGCUCUCAAUAUGGUCCUCCUGGUCACGUAGCUGGCCCCCUUCAUUAAAUAUAGAAUAAAUAUAAAAACGAGUGGUAGCCAGUUCAAAACAUCCUAUUUAUUUA